CGGUCAGGGAGGGACCCGCGUUCUGGUGACAAGUCUACCGCCUGCCUCCCCGGGGACCAGGCUCGGCAAGAGCUUGAGGCCUCCCUCUGAUUGUUGCUGCACCGGUGUUGUUUGGAGUUAGCUUUCUACAUCCUCACUUGUACGAGGCAUGUGUGCAGAGCUUUGGAAGCCUGAUCUUGUCGGGGUCCCCAAGUAAACUUUGUGAUGUGGGGCAAGUUAUUGAAUCUCUGGCUUGGUUGACUCAAGUGAAAGCAGCUGGGCGUUUCCACUGCUCGAAAUUCUCCGGUGACCCUAGGGACCGGCUGCUCUAGAUGGGCUGGAGUGAGCGCUAGCGGUUUCUGGAGCAUCUGGUGUUGCGUUUGGCGAUGUUGGAGUUCAGUGCUAGCUGUAUAUUGGGUGUCUCCUCCCAAGUACUGGAAACAACACCCGUUCUACUGCGGCAUCUUCCCGGGAUCAAGCUAUGGUGAAAGAUGUUUCGAAAAGGCAAGAAGAGGCACAGCAGCAGCAGUUCCCAGAGCAGUGAAAUCAGUACGAAGAGCAAGUCUGUGGAUUCCAGCCUUGGAGGGCUUUCGAGAUCCAGCACUGUCGCCAGCCUCGAUACAGACUCCACUAAAAGCUCAGGACAAAGUAACAGCAAUUUAGACACAUGUGCCGAGUUCCGAAUAAAGUAUGUUGGUGCCAUCGAGAAACUGGCCGUGUCUGAGGGGAAGAGCCUUGAAGGGCCACUAGACCUGAUAAAUUACAUAGACGUCGCCCAGCAAGAUGGAAAGUUGCCUUUUGUUCCCAUGGAAGAGGAAUUUAUUCUGGGCGUUUCUAAGUAUGGCAUAAAAGUCUCGACCACAGAUCAGCAUGGUGUUCUGCAUAGGCAUGCCCUGUAUUUAAUCAUCCGGAUGGUGUGUUACGACGACGGCCUGGGAGCCGGGAAGAGCUUGCUGGCACUCAAGACCACAGAUGCAAGCAAUGAGGAAUACAGCCUGUGGGUUUACCAGUGCAGCAGCUUGGAGCAAGCCCAAGCAAUUUGCAAGGUCUUAUCCACAGCAUUUGACUCCGUGUUGACCUCUGACAAGUCCUGAACGCAGCAGGCAAAGGGAAACUGACCCACCGAGGGCUCACCUGUUCCUAUAUCCGUCUGCAGCUGUGGACUGUUAGAGGGUGUAACGCCCUGACCUGGUUUUCUAAAGUGUAAUGUAUAAAAUAUUGGUUUUAUACUAAAAGGUGUUGUUAACAGUAGGUCAACUUCCAAUAAAUUACUUGCUUUCUGGACAAAAGAGAAA